AUGAAGACUGUCUGCAUGAAAUUUUUCAAGAAAGACAAGAAGAAGAUCAGAGACAGGAAAACGAAAAGUUCUGUUCAGAAAUGGGACUGGUGCAAGGAUGUGAAGAACCUCUCCAAGGCGAAAGAAAUCAACCGGGUCCGACAGAGGAAGCAGGACUUUGAUGACUUCAGGAAGUUCCUCAUUGACAAUGAGGAAACGGAACUGGUGAAUGGCUGGAAGCCCAAGAAGUUCAGGUACAGCAACAUGCCAAUGCUUCUAGAUUCAGACAUGGACGGGAUGGAUGACGAGGAUGGGGAUACAAAACAUGCAGAGGGCUACUUCAGUGGGAUCGGGGAUGAAAUUAUGAUCGUCGAUCUGCCGGCGGAUUUCAACUUCGAUGAGUUGCGUCAAGACCUGCCGAUCAUGGGAUGUCUGCUGAUGAACAACGUUGUGUCUCAGGUGCUGAAGAAUGUCAAACAUGAAGUUUUGACUCCGACCUUCCCCGAGUUGAGCGUUGUGAAGAAGCUGAAUCUGAAUCACUACACGACCUCUGACAAAUCGAUGAUCCUGUUCAGACAGUCUUUCAGACACCCGACGGUGUCGUCGGUCACCAACGAAACUCUCAGGAGCCUGUUGAAGAACGCGGGGGGUGCAAUGGUGCCGAUGUUUGUUGUUGAGAUCUCAACGUGGGGAGGAGCGGUUCCGAAGAUGUACGGAUACGGAAUCUUCAUCUCUCCGAUCAACUGCAGCUCUUAUCUGGAAGGGAUCAAGAUCCCUAUGGACUUGUUCUGGGAGAUUGGAGUGCCGACGAACAUGGAAGAGUUUGAGGAGUGGAAGGAGAGGGCUAUUGAAGUGCUCUGGGAGAGAUACAAGGAUGGUUCUAUCCGCGACUCCCCUGAAGUAUACAAGAGCUGUCAGGAGAGGUUCGGAAAGGAGGAGGAGGAGGAGGAGGAGGAGGAGCCUGAGAUAGCAACCAAAACGUUAGAGGAGGACAAGAGGAUAUCGAAGAACGUGGUGGAGGAAGGCUAUGGGCCGGGGUUGUUCCCCGGAGACGAAGUCACUAUCCUCCUCUCAGUAGAGACGUUGAGGGCCCGGGAAGAGAAGGAAAGAGAUGAUGAUGAGAUGAGCGAUGGAAACACCCGCGAGCUUCAGCAGGAUGAGCUCGAGGUGGAGGAGAACAGUGCUCCAAGGGAGCCAUCAUUUGUGUCUUUGACCAUGGGAGAAGACAUUUCAACGGAGAGGGAAGAAGUGGAGAUUGAUGGGAUCAGAACAGAGACUUGCACGACGAUACAGGCUGGUUUGAAGACCAUGAUUGUUGGGGAAUGCAGCGCAUUCUUCAUGAUCGUGGAGCAGAAUGAUUUCGAACUCGUUGAGAAUUACACAGGAUCGUACAAAAUUCUGUUCGUACAAAUCAGAGUUGUGGCUAAGAAUUUGCAACCCCUGAACAAUCUCGAGGGGAUUUGGGCCAAAUUUGAUCAUCCUUACGACAUAUCAAAUCAAGAGAGUCCCAACUUAGGAGACAUUGUUGUCUUUGAAUACAACAUUUCUUUCCGUGGACAGGUUGUGAUACAAUCCGACAAAUUGACUGAAAGAGACCUGGGGGCGGAAGAUGAUCUGAUUGAGGGGAUCAGAAUCGCUCUGUCGUCCAACAUGCUGCAAGGAUCUCGUGUCAAGAUGACGCUGCAUUCGUCGUUUGCUUUUGGCGAGGAAGGAGUGACAGGAUGUGUUCCUCCUGAUGAAUUCGUUGAUGUCGAUCUGGUGUUGCUCUACUGGCACAGGAGGUCGAGUUUUGAAGACGGCAAGGUCAACGUCACGGAAAAAGGACAUGUGGAUGAUGAUAAUGAUGAUGAUGACGACGACGACGAUGAUAACUACUAUGAGGAAGCAGUGGAUUUGGUUCUUAUCAUGCACUUUUCCAUGAUGGGACAGAAGGUAGCUAGACACCCAAAUCGAGCUGUCUGUACAGAUGGUUCACUUGUACAUCUCAGAUUGUUUGCCUACUGUCACAACAUUGGUGUUUUUGGAAACCCUUAUGCUCCCGCGGAAAAAAUUCCUAAGGAAUUGCUCGACUAUCAGUCACUCCCUCAGUACCAGCACUGCGAGGCUGUGAAGCUCGCAAAGGACGUUGCGGCUCUUCACGAGCAGCUAGGGGAAGGGAUGGGGAUCUUUCACAAGGCAGAGGACGUCACUGCAGUGAUUGGAGACGGAGAUCUUCCGAGGGGCCUAGAGGUCGCGCUGCUCAGUGGAAGGAUGCAAGAGACGACUCCCGUGCCGAACCCCUUCCCAGUCUCCUACCUCGUCAAGAUCGUCCAGGUUGAUCUCCCGCUCGAGGAGGAAGAGGCUGAGCAGGAGCAGGUGCAGGCCAGGGAGAGCCUGCCGUUGCAAGCGAGGCUGGAAAGCGCGAACCUGAGGAGGGAGAGAGCCAACUUUCUCUUCAAGAGGGGGGCAGCGGAGGAGCUGCAGGAAGCGAAGCAACUUUACCUCUCAGCCUCCUCCAUGGCGACGGAGUACGGCGGCUCUGCUUCCGCCUCCCCUCCUCACCUGCCCGUUAUCAGGGUCGACGAGAUGCUGGACAAGGAGGAGCUACGUGCUGCUGCCCUGACGACGCAACUGACGUGCCUGCUCAAUCUCGCCGUCACCCUCCUCCGGCUCCAGCUCCCGCAGGAGGCCAUGAAAACUUGCGAUCGUGCGCUGCUGCUCUCUCCCACCAACUCCAAGGCGCUCAAGCUGCGUGACAAGGCGAGCAGCUUGAUAGCGUCAGCUGGAUAG